CAACAUUUUUAGCUCUUCAAAAUUUUUGGAUUUUCAAAAUUAUCUCCGUUUAAAUUCAAAAUUUUUAUAAAUUUAAUUGACGGUUUUGAUUAAUUUAGUUGGGAUAAAAUGUCUUUUGGUGUACGAUUAGUGGCAAAUAUAAGAAAUAGCAUUCGUACCAUGAGCAGAUAUGCAGGUCGAGAUCUUAAUCGUUCCAGGCAAAUGAGUAAAGACAUUAAUAGAAGAGGUGCCCAACGAAUGUCGACUGAAUAUGAAGAUACCGAAGAAGUUCCAUGUCAAUGUUUACGUUCCGAUUGCCCACAUUGUGGUUGUAUGGUCGCAGAUACUUCAGAUAAACACUAUCAAUGUACUUGGAAAGAGUUUUUAGGACCUGUGAAACCCAAACGAAAUGUGUAUGUUGAGCCUAAGGGAACAAUGCCAAUACAAAAAAGAGAUAGAUCAGAUCGCCCAAAAACUGCUUGUAUAGAUCUUAUAAAUCGUGAAAAACGACAACUCAUGAAGAGUAAUAAAUUUAUAGUUGAAGCAAAGCAGCCUGAACCAAAGCGACCAAGAAGAGUAUCAAAAUCUUUUUCAGAGAUGCUUCCUCCUUCUAAUAAAAAAGUACGUGUAACUGAAAAGGAUUAUGCACGAAGCCAUUCACAUCAGUUUGUAAAUGACUUGAGAAAAAGAAUAGAUCGUGCUAGUCAAAGAGGUAAAUACGAUAAUAUUGAUAAAUAUAUGAAGGAAUUUAUGAAAGCGUCAUAUUAAUAAUUUGCGAGUAUCAGAAGGAGGAUUUAGUUGGCACAUUAUGAGACGAAUAAGGAUGAUAUGAUUUAAGAGCCUAAUAGAUGGAUGUAGAUUGGCGGUUUUGGAUUUUGCUGCCAAAUAUAAAUUUUGUAAAUCCCUAAUGUAUGUAGAUUGAUGGUUUUGGAUUUCGCUGUCCAGCAUAAAUUUUGUGAAUUCAGUAUUUAAAAGAUCCCAGAAAAUCGUUACAUAUACACACAGAUUUGUUUUUACAUGGACCGGUGUAAAGGAUUAAAAACUUCUGCAAUGAUUGUACAAAAUCGUAUUUUGUGGCCUGGAGAUUUUGUUAAACAGUUAUUUGCUAGAUUGCUUAAUUAACGUCAUCGUGGAAACAACAAAUUGCAUCUAAAGAAGUAUAUGUGUUUUUGUUGUAAAAUGCUCGUCGAUUGUACUAUUUAGGCCCACUUGGACUUAUACAUGUGUAACCAUUUAAAAUCAAUUUCUGUUCAGUUCAUAUAAUUGAAUGAAUUGAUUGAUAAAUGGUUACCGGAUAUACACGGAUUGGAAAUUACCUGAUAUACUAAAGAACGGGUUUAGUGGCUAUUACUUAA